UAAUGGUUAAUGAGGUAAAAUACUAAAACAAACGAGAAAGAAAAUCCAGAGUAUUUAAUCAGCAGAAAAAAUAGUGUUUUUGGCUGAAAAAACGGAAAAUUUAUUUACGGUGGUUCUUGAAAGCGAAUCACGGGUUUCUCUGAGAAAUUUCCAGCAUUUCCUCCACAGCAAAACAAGCUUAUGAACGUGAGAUUUUUCUGGGAUUGUUUCAUUAUUUGGAAUUGAGUGCUUUCCCCAUUGACUAUGUACAUUUAUGUACUUGGGAAUGAUCAAUUUACUACAAUUCUCAUUUUCAAGUUCAGUCUUGGAUAUGGGCAAAGAACAUGAAUAAGUUCAGUAUAAGUGACUUUUGAUAUUAUUGAAUAACUGCCUCUGUGGACAAGGCCAUUGAUUGGAACCCAGGUACCAUUUGAUUUAUGCAAAUGCAAUCAUUUUCUCCCAUCAAGUUCUGGGUUUGCAUCCAAAGCGGUGAAAGUAGAAUUCAAUGGAAGAAAUCCGACCACCUCCUUUUGAUCAGUCAGAAGCGACCUUAUUUCAUGGCACUAGAAGGUUUCAGCCGGAUGGGAAUGGAACUCGCGGCGGUGCUAGGAUUCAGGGCCUUAAGAAGAGAGGCCAUGGAAGCCGCUCUUGGAUAAAGAUUGAUAAGAAUGGAGUGGCAAAGGUUUUGGAGCUUGACAAGGCUACUAUAAUGAGACAUUGUUCUUUGCCUGCGAGAGAUCUCCGGCUUUUGGAUCCCUUGUUUAUUUACCCUUCUACAAUACUAGGACGCGAAAAGGCUAUCGUGGUCAGCCUUGAACAGAUUAGAUGUAUAAUCACAGCUGAGGAGGUCAUUUUGAUGAAUUCGUUGGAUGCAUGUGUUGUUCAAUACAAGUCAGAGUUGUCCAGACGCCUCCAGUCAAACAAAGAUCAAUCUGAUGAUUUGCCUUUUGAAUUUAGAGCCUUGGAGCUAGCUUUGGAACUAACUUGCAUGUCUCUAGAUGCUCAGGUUAAAGAACUGGAAAUGGAGAUAUACCCUGUACUAGAUGAACUAGCAUCAACCAUCAACACUACUAACCUAGAACGUGUUCGGAGACUCAAAGGCCAUCUCCUUGCCUUAACUCAGCUGGUUCAGAAGGUUCACGAUGAAAUGGAACAUCUCAUGGAUGAUGACGAUGACAUGGCUGAGAUGUACCUCACCGAGAAGAAGCAAAAGUCAGAGGGUUAUCCCUUAAGUGACCUAUGUUUUCAAACAAAUACCCUAUUUGAGAGCAAAGCGGUUUCAAAAUCAGCUCCUGUUUCACCAGUGGGAUCAAUUAGUGGAGAGCAUAAAUUGCAAAGGGCUUUUAGCAACAUCUUGAGUUCAGGUAGACAUGGAAGCUUCAUGAGUUCAUCCAACAGUGGAGAAAACAUUGUACAACUUGAAAUGUUGCUCGAGGCGUACUUUGUUGUCAUUGGCCACACUCUCAGCAAGUUGUCAUCGCUGAAGGAAUACAUUGAUGAUACUGAAGAUUUGAUAAAUAUAAAACUGGGCAAUGUUCAGAACCAGCUUAUACAAUUUGAGCUGCUCAUUACAGCAGCUACUUUUGUGGCCACAAUAUUUGCUGCGGUGACUGCUGUAUUUGGAAUGAAUUUUGAAGCAAAUGUCUUCGACUAUCCACUUGCAUUCAAUUGGGUUCUGCUUGUAACUGGGAUUUUCUGUGGGAUCUUGUUUUUCUCUUUCCUCUUUUAUUUUAGGCACAAAAAAAUUUUUCAAUGAAUGAA